GACUUGCGUCAGAGAUUCAAAAUAUGGCGGGGUAGGCCUGGUCGGGAGAUGGCAGCACCCGCACCACCACCACAACACUACGCCAUUGUCGCUCCGCUUGUCUAGGACUCGCUCCUUUCUCCUUCACUCGCACCCGUCUUGACACGCAGCUCCUUCAUGCGCUUACCCGAUAAUAGUCCUGGUGGGAGUGAGUCCAGUGGUGGCUUUGGUAGUGCCAGGAUGAAUCCCAACGCUGAGCCUGACUUUUCUGAGUUUAUGUGGAUGGCCGAGGAGGAUCUGGAGGCCUUUGACCACAAGGUAAUCUGCGAGGUGAACCAAGUAAUGAUGGAACAGUCAAGUACUCUGCGGGAGGAUGAAGAAGAAUUCCUCCGUCGCAUGUUAGAGGAGGAGGAGCAACGUGACACUGUUUACUACCACCAGUACCAGGAGGAGAAAAUGAGAAAUGAUGCCACGUCAAAUUUAACUUCAAGCCUGCAGAAGAUGGGAGUGAGUGAAAACGUAGCUGCUAAGAGUACCUUGAACCCGUACGCUGCCGAGUUUAUCCCAGGAAAGAACUUGACCCGACCAACAGACACACAGAGUCUUGUUCACCACACUAAUGGAGAGAAGAAGAGUUCAUAAUGGGAAAGCUCUAUAUUAAGGGAAUGAAAGAAGGGGAAAACUUGUAAAUGUGGAUGAUACUCGUUAUAUAGUAACCCUUGUCAAGUAAUGGGUUAUACAAAUUUAUUUAAGGGAAAUGCUGUAAUCCUAUGGAAAUAUUUAAAUAUAUUAUUUCUUUUUAAGUAAACAAUGUAUAUUAGUACUUUUAUAUUUUAGGGGAAUUAUACAAAAAAUUAUUUAUCUUUAGAAGAGAGAAUGGACUUUUUAAAAAGGAUAUAUUCUUCUGAAUGCAGUAAAAGUUGGAACUAAUAAUACUUUUUAUUGGGGUUUUGAAAGACUGUAAUGCAUUUUUUUUUCCUUGUCAGAUCUUAACCUAACAGCAAUCACAUUUCCUUAAAAUUAUUGAGUGUAAAUUUGUAAUAUGGAGAUAUGACCUAGCAGACCUGGGGUUAAAUAAAGCUGGUCUGUGCUUGUGUUUUGAACACUGGCAGCACUGAUGAAGGGUUCGGGCGAAGACGAUCUCGGAGGGUCAUGGAUGGUGUAGCUGCUUUUUUCUUGUUAGUGUUCUCGGUGUACUUUGUGUCUGCACCUCAUUCAUACUUAAAAACCAUGUUUGAAAAUUCCAGUAGAGUGCAUGGAAGUCUUGAAUUUAAAGUUUUAGAUAUAGUGCUGGUGAUUGAGUGGGCUAGCACUUUGUAAGUCGUUUUCAACAUGUGAAAAGCAUUAUUUUUUAGUUUUUAUGCAUUUUAAUGAAACAAAGUUGAAUCCUUAGGUAAUUUGUAUCAUUCACACCCUUAUUCAAGUUUAAUUUUGUUUUCUUGUGCUUGCUUUCAUCUUUGUUGAAUGAGUAGUUUCCGGAUUGUGUUUUGUGCUGUUGUGUUUGGAUAUGGUCAUCUUACAUUGCGUAUUAUUUGAUUUUAAUAUAAAAACGAGUUUACUCUUUAGACGUCAAUUUAGAUUGUAAUUAAAAAUAUGAAAAAAAUUACAGCAUUUAUUUAAUUAUUCAAAAGGUUCUAAAGAUUAGCUCAUGUUUGAAGUAAAGUCAGUCCUAGUUGUACUGUAAUAAUGUCCGGUUAGAUGCUGCCUAGUAAGUUGGAGGACAAAUAUUUAUGUAGGUGUAAUUUUGUAAUCUUUAGAAUUUUGACUCGUGAACUCUGCCCAAUCCUUUUAAUAGAACUGGAAUGAGAGAGACUACACACAUAUUCUAUAUGAAUUUUGAAGUUGUAUGCUUUCUGUUUUGAAAGCUGGUAAGUUUUAUCUAAGAAAUUUAGGAUCUAAAUAUUACUUUUUUACUUAAUGGAACUCAGGUAGAUAUUUUAUCACUGUUGCUGUAUUUUAUAUAUACAGUAUGUUAAUUGAAAGACAUCCUCAUAAUUUAUGGAUAACCAAAGGAUAGUUAAUUGUUGAUACAAUGUUAAAAUGGUUAUUGUAUACAAACUUUCAUGCUGUAUGUAUAGUAUUUCCAAAUGUUACCAUGCAUAAGUCUGCUCUCUUCUAAGUGUUGCUUGGUUAUUGAGAGAGUAGUUCCAUGUUGACAGCACAGGAUAAGGUCUGGAUAAUUUGUCAUAAAUCUCUCGUGCCCUGCAGUAAAUACAAGUUUACUUUAAAAGCAAACUAGAUAAUGAGCAAUUACAUAUUGCACAUCUGAGGACCCAGGUAUCACUGCUGGACAGUUCUCAUCAGGUACUUAAAUACACUUUGCUUAAAUGUGAUGAGGAUCUAAGCUAGAGGCAUGUUAGAUUUAUUUUGUAUUCUCUAUGAAAUAUCUUUAAGCAUUCCUAAAGAACUUGCUGUUCUAUUUUCUUUGUCAACUUUAAUUGAAAUUGAUGAGGCUUACUAUUGUACCAAAUUAUGGUUAUAUAUUAACAAAACAGUAACCUUGCUGUGAUCAUAAUGAAUUAGUUUUUUAAAUUUAUUGACUGCAGGGUUUAAAAAUAUGUCUUCUUUAAACCUCAUGUAUACCAUCAAGAAGUGUGUGAAAAGCUAUUUAUAUAGGAAACAGAUCAUAUCUACAUAACAUUGUAUAGGUCUACAUACUGUAUAUAUAUUUGUUGAUAUUGUAUUUCCUGUUUCCAAUAAGUUCCAUAUCUUUCAAUGAUAUGACAAUGUUAGUUUACAGUGUUAACUACCACCUAAAUCGGAAUUUAGAUUCCAUGUGCGAGGGUGUAUAUUGGUAUCUUGGUAAGUUAAUAGUUUUCUCUUUUGAAGCUCCUCUUCCAGUAUUAACAGAUAAUAUUUUACUCUAUUAACUUUUUUUUUAUUUAUUCAAUUAUGAUAAAAAAAAUUGUGGAAAGCCAUAAGUACUUGAAUGGUAAUCAUGGGAAGUAUCUUAAUGUUGAAUGGAGCUUUAAGUUCAAUAGCAUUAAACAGUGUUAUUCCCAUUUGCUUUAGCAAUAGCAACCUUUGUAACUUGAUAUUGAAUAUAUUAACUUUCAUAUUUCCCCAUCUUUAUUUGCUUAAUACUGUACUUGUAUAGGACUAUUGACCAUGUGAAAGACCUAUAUUUGAGAAAGUUAAAGCUAUAAAUUCAUUAUUUGCAUUGCAGCAGUACUUUAUUGCAAUACAGUUUUUCAUAUUUUUAUUGUCACUUUUCUACAUCUCUCCUUCGUAAUCUGUCUAGAUUAUUUCUAUUUUGUGCACAUUACUGUUGGGAAUUCCUACGUCUUCAUCUGUUAAUAGAGUUUAUGCACAAGCUUUAGCUCUUUUAUUUAUAUAUAUAUAUAUAUAUAUAUAUAUAUAUAUAAUAUAUAAAUAUAUAAAUAUAUAAUAUAUAAUAUACACACACACACACACAUAUAUAUACAUACAUACCCAAAUCGACUUGCUAUUUGGCAUAUUUCAUGACUGUCAUUAAAAUUAUAAUUGGCAGUAUUUGAAAUGUUUCUGUUGCUGUCCAAUAGGUUGACUUGUGCAUAUACUCCACAAGGCUAUUCUUUCCUUGUUUAUGCUCCUCCUAUUUUUUACUUUCUUCUUGUGAUGUUGAAAACACUCGGAACUUUUGAGGUGGGUGUGCCCAAAGUAUUAGAUAAUGUUGCAUUGCUGGCUAUUUUUCACUCUAAACUUGUCAAACUUAUCACCGGUAUUUUUAUAGUAGCAGAAGCCAAUUGCUUUUCCUGUGAUGGCAAUUAGUGGAUAUUACUUUAUUUAUUUUUGCUUAAGUUUAUUCUGGGAGAUGUGUAUUUGUAAACUUGGACAUGAAAGAUGUUUAAAAUUUUCAUAUGUAUAUAAACCUUUUUACAAUAUUUCUCACACAGUACAUGCAUUUUUCAUAAAAGGCAGAAAUGCAAGUGUAAAUUACUUCUGUUUGGGGGCUAUAUGUAAAUGGUGUAAAUAAGGAUUUUAAAAGAUGUAUUCGUCAAAAGUAUAAUGAAUUUAUUUAACAUUG